AAGAGUAACAAAGGGAGAGAUGAGAGAUGGGAGGACCCACGUUAACAGUUUAAUUCGGCCGCCCGCUUUGUCGUCUCUUUCGUCUCCGUGCACCUCCGUCGCUCUUUUAGUUUUGCUUGUCCCUUUGACCCUCUCUCCCGAGAAGAAGAUAUACGUCUCCCCCGCUCUCUCUCUUACACAAAGUCAGUCUCUUUGUUCCCUAAUAUAAGCUGCAGCUGUAUAUAUAUAGUAACAAUAAGAGGAAUGAGAGAGAGAGAGAGAGAGAGAGAGAGAGACAGAAGAAUUCAAGUGUUUCUAGUGAAAGAAAUGAAACAAUGAAGAGUUUGGUUUCUUUCAAGUGUUUUUAGCUUCUGGGUUUUAUCGUCUUGAUAUCUUUUCACUUCAUUCCCUCAUGGCUGGUAGCAAUGAAGUCAACCUAAAUGAAUCCAAGAGGGUUGUUCCGCUAAACACAUGGGUCCUCAUUUCCAAUUUCAAGCUUGCAUAUAAUCUCCUUCGCCGCCCGGAUGGGACCUUUAACCGCGAAUUGGCAGAGUUCCUUGAACGAAAGGUCCAGGCCAACACCAUCCCAGUUGAUGGGGUUUUCUCCUUUGAUCAUGUUGACAGAACCACGGGCCUCCUUAACCGGGUUUACCAACCUGCCCCUGAAAGUGAGGCGCAAUGGGGCAUUGUAGAACUUGAAAAGCCCUUGAACACUACGGAGGUUGUUCCAGUCAUAAUCUUCUUCCACGGUGGAAGCUUUACUCAUUCCUCUGCUAAUAGUGCUAUUUAUGACACCUUUUGUCGCCGCCUUGUCAGCGCUUGCAAGGCUGUUGUGGUGUCUGUUAAUUAUCGUCGAUCACCUGAGUAUCGAUACCCUUGCGCGUAUGAUGAUGGCUGGACGGCUCUUAAGUGGGUUAAAUCUAGAACUUGGCUUCAAAGUGGAAAGGAUUCUAAGGUUCAUGUCUAUUUGGCUGGCGAUAGUUCAGGUGGUAAUAUAGCUCACCAUGUUGCCGCGAGAGCGGCGGAGGAAGAAAUCGAUGUGUUGGGUAAUAUUCUUCUUCACCCAAUGUUUGGUGGUCAACAGAGAACAGAAUCAGAGAAGAUAUUAGAUGGCAAGUACUUUGUUACAAUUCAAGACCGCGACUGGUAUUGGAGAGCAUAUCUACCUGAAGGAGAAGAUAGGGACCAUCCAGCAUGUAAUAUAUUUGGUCCAAGGGGGAAAAAGCUUGAAGGACUGGAGUUCCCUAAAAGUCUAGUUGUUGUGGCUGGUUUCGAUCUCGUUCAAGACUGGCAAUUGGCAUAUGUUGAAGGACUCCAGAGAGCUGGCCAUGAAGUGAAACUUCUCUAUCUAAAACAGGCCACAAUAGGGUUCUACUUCCUGCCAAAUAAUGAUCACUUCUAUUGUCUCAUGGAGGAGAUAAAAAAGUUUGUGAAUUCUAACUGUUAAUAGACUUCGUAACCUUACCUGCAGGCAGCCAUACAUAACAGAACCUUGACUUUUCGCUUGGGUUGUAUCUUUUUUACCCCUUCUUCCAUUGAUGGCGUGUAGUCAUAAGAAUAUUGUGUAGCAUUACUCCUUAUCAUGUUACCACUUGGUGGUGGUGACAUGAGUUCUGUAUCUUCGUGAACCAGUUGCCCUUGGUCUGGAGAGAGUACUGCUUAUGUCUUCUAUCUGGAUGCAUAAAAGCAAGGUAUUCAAGAGGGCCAGUUUCGGCGGUUUAGAGGAUUUGAACUUUGUUUACAUGAAUCAGCUGAACCACCGAAUUCUAAACUUACCCCGAUCAGCUUCCAGCCACAGUACUAGGGGAGGUAGAAGCAAGCAUGGGGGUAAUGUUUGGUGGUUGAUGAAAUUGUUUUAGCAAUUUAUUAUAUCAUAUAAGCACUAAUUUCUGAACAUAGACUUGAACAUAUCCAUCUUGUUAAGAACUUGUAUGUUACGCACGUCUUCUAGAAUUAUAUAUUUUACAAAA